UUCCAAGUAGAUUUUCCAUUGGCCCUGUCUGCCUUUGCAUGCCAUCUUCUGGACCAUUGCAUGCCUGUCAAGUUAGCAUCAUUAUGCAGUAAUCCUCGUGCUACUGCUGACGCCGGCCACAAAGUACGUACGUAGUGUCUUUGCAAUGCGCUUUCUGCUAGGGAUCCUGGAAAAUGGAACCUUUCCCAGGCUUCGGGGCAAACCUGUGGCGAUUAGCUCCACAGGGCGCCGCCAUGUGGCUGAUCCCUGCGUUUUCCCCCGGCUCCCUCCGCAUCCGAUUUCCUCUGAUCUGGCUCGGCUUCAUCCUAUCAAAUUAGCUUCAUCGUCGUAUGGUUGGUCACAGACGUCCACACGCGAACACGCGUGGCCAACUUUUGCAACGUUCAUGAUGUGCUGGGGUACGGCCGGCCCGUCAGAACUGCUGAAUACGUGGUACAAUAACGAUGUCGCCCACGAGUGCGAGCAUAUCACACCUACACUGAUUCGCGUACUGCUAGCCAACUUGAUGGGGUUGGUGGCGAGCAACGUCUUCCGAGACCAGGACAAGCCUAAAACUGAGCCGCGCUGAUCACCAAUGUCUUGUUCAGCGCCUGGAGCCGUCUCAUCACGGCACCGGUUGGAGG